UAAAGAGAUGGCUGACACAAAAGGGUCUAUGGUAGCACCGCUAUCUAAAUAUAAAUUGGUUUUCUUGGGUGAUUAAUCAGUCGGAAAGACAUCCAUUAUAAAUCGGUUCAUGUUUGAUACAUUUGAUGGGAAGGAUCAUGUAAGAGAAAGUUAAAUUAAAAAACAAGCCAACAGUGGGAAUAGAUUUUAUUUCAAAGACUCUGUACUACGAGGAUAGGACGAUACGUUUAUAGUUAUGGGAUACUGCAGGGUAAGAGAGAUUUCGAUCAUUAAUUCCGAGUUACAUAAGGGACAGUGCAGUGGCAGUAGUGUGUUAUGAUGUGGAAGGUAGAUGUAACAACAUAUGUAGUGAAAACUUCAUUUGCGAACAUAACUAGAUGGAUAUAGGAUGUUCGUUUAGAGAGAGGAAAUGAUGUGAUUAUAUUUAUAGUGGCAAACAAGAUCGACUUGGAUAAUAGGUAAAGAAUCGGUACUAAAUGUAAGAGUGAUAUCUACUGAGGAAGGAGCGAAUCUAGCAAAAGAAAGUGAUGCUCAUUUCAUAGAAGUAAGUGCAAAGACAGGGAACAAUGUCGAAUUAUUAUUUAAAUAAAUUGCAGCAACAUUGCCAGGGACAGAGACUUCUUAAAUGGUUAAUUCUGUAAUGAACAACCCAAAUCAAUGUACGAUAUUUAAACAUUCAAGCAAAUCCUAUAUAAAUAGAUAACAAAAGUAACUAGGAGUAGGGGAAAGUCGAAAGUAAGGCCUGUUGUUGAAUCUAAUAAAUUUAU